AUGUCGUCGAGCGUGUUCCCGUGUGACCGUCUGUGGCCUUGUACACCUUGCAAGGACCGUGGAGAGGCCAAGCUCUGUGAACAAUAUGUCAAGGAACCAAGCGACAGGCCAACUGGUUACACCCAUGUUCUCGACACUAGCAUCCUCGCCAACCGCGUGGCACAGCUGGAGGCUGUUCUGUCACGUCUGCUCACCCGCGUAGACAACGCCGACGUCUACCACGACCUGCUGAACGAGUGGAAGGACCCCUUGCCUACCCUCAAGGCCACUGGGAGAGACUAUGGUGACCACCCUUCAAAGCGCGAACGCUCCAACACCAUUACAUCUGGCAUCAAGCAGAGCGACCAUGACAAUGACAACGACAACGACAGCGACGAUGGCAUGGACGUCGAGCGGGAAAGCCAACAUGCUGCCCCGUCCGUGUCUGCCUCGUCCGUCUUCCCCCAGUCGGCCAUCACACCAGCCCGCACCGUCAUGACCCCACAGCACAUGGGCAUGCCGAGCGUGUCGUUUCAGGCACCUACCAGCGUCGAGUCGAACAACCACCUCAGCGUAGGCUCGAGCAGCGCGCAUCUGCCCAUGGAGCUCGGCGGCUUCAUGGCCCCACCUACCAACGACGCGUGGAUGUUCACGAGGCAGGCCGUGCCCUCGGCAUACGACCAGUUCCCCCCUGGUCUCGGCGGUCCUGGUGGCAGCGGGACGGAGCCCGCGAGCAAGGCGCCCAGUGCCCACGAACACGACGCCGCUCUUGCGCUGGAGGGUAUGGCUCUCGGCAGAGAUAUCAAGAACGCUUCUGGUGGCAACCAGCCAGAGGAGACGCAGGAAGGUGACGAGCCUACGCCCGGAUCGCCCCUCACUUUCUCUUCAUUCAUCCACAACAAGCGCAGCAACAAGGACAGCGGCGCCGUCAAGUCGUUCCCUUCAGUCACCAAGCUCCCAUCCAUCAUCGUCGGCAAGUACGUCAUUACCCACUUUCUGGAGCACGUCGAUUUCCGCUGGCGCUGCCUGCAUCGCCCUACGUUUGAGGCUCAGUACAGCAAGCUGUCUUCUCGCCUGCGCUUGAAGUCAACCGACUUUUACCGCGACGAGCUGGCGACACUUGCACUUUACGCAUCGUGUCUCGCUGUCGGCAUCCAUUUCCUUGAUGACGAAGGCUACCGCGACCUGAGCAUGACCGAGGAGCAGGCCGACAGGCUCGCCCAGACCUGCUGGGAGGUGUCGUACGAAGCACUGGAGGCGUCAGACUGGAUGCAGGUGCACGACAUCCGCAGCUGUCAGACCAUCAUCAUUGCUGGCAUCUACCUCUCGAGUGUGCGCCGCGCCAACCAGCAUUGGACCCUCCUGGGCUCGGCCACCAAGGUUGCCAUGGCCCUUGGGCUGUGCAAUGUUCCCGACGAGGCCAAGAUCAUGUCCCGCGAGGUCAAGCGCGUUCCCCCACGCUGGCAGUCUACGAUCGACCGCGAGGUCGCCCGUCGUGUCUGGUACUGUCUUCUCGAGCUCGACUGGCUCUUCUCAAUGGAGUACGGGUUCCUGUACCUCAUCUCGCCCGAGAUCAACCAGACCACCGAGCCUGCCAACGUCAACGACGUGGACAUCAAGGACGACGUGCCGGUAGUGUCCCUUCCAAUGGACACGUACACGGACAUGUCAUAUUUCCUGCAGCGUCUCAGGCUGUUCUACCCGUUCAUGGCAGUGGUCCAAAAGGCGCGCAAGGCCGGACGCAUGCGGUACUCGUUUGUCACCGAGGCCAACGCCGAGAUCCAGAAUGCCAUUGCCAACAUGCCCUCGUUCUUCAAGAACCCGGACAAGAUCGACUACGUCGUCGACGCGACGCAGCUGUACAGGCUCAAGCGCGAGUGCAUCGCGCUCAGCGAGGGCUCCGACUUCCGCCUGAUGCGCCUGCAUCGCUACUACUUUUCAGCCGCGUGCACCAACCCGCGCUACCUGCUCUCCAAGCAGACAUGUCUCAACAGCGCGCGCCGCCUGCUCGAGAGCUCGACACCACACGGCCCCCAGGGAAAGCACUUUACCAACACGCACUACUGGGCCCACACGUACUGCCUGUUUGCGGCCACGGUCGUCACCAUCAUUUACCUCACCUAUGCGCUGCCGCAGGAACUCGACGACUGGAAGGCGUACGCCACGAGCGGUAUCGAGCAGCUGCGUAUGCUCUCCAACCGCCGCCGCACCGACCUGGGCGAGACGGCCGACACGCUCCAGAGCCUCAUGAACGUCCAGCUGUCGCGCAGGCCCGACGCCGGCGAGUCGGGCCUCAAGCGCAACAUCGAGGCCAUCGAGGGCGACGCGUGGGAGGGCUGGCUCCCGCCCGACCUCGUUGCGCUCGCGCGCCUCAACCCGGGCCUGAUGGGCGAGCAUCCGACGGCCGAGCACUCGGCACCGCUGCCAGAGGGACAGGACACGUUCUUCUUUGACAGCCUGUUGGACGACCUCCAGUUCAACAACGAGAGUCCCUUCAUUGUCAUGUAA